AGUACUAAAACCAGAAAAACAAAAUCAACACAGACAAUACAAACGAACAAACAAACAAACAUACAUACAUAUACAGACAGACAAGCUACUACUCAACUUGUAUUAAAUUCUCCAUAAUUUCUCCUCUGCUGACAAGCAAGAAACCACCAUGUCCACACCAACAAAGAACCCCUCAACUGCCUGUACAAUAAUCAUAGAUGAAAUCACAACAAUCUACAAAUCACUACCACCAAGACCAUCACUUAUAGAUAUUGAAGCAGCAACUUCUGUGAUCAGAUCAGUGGACACAGAAGAACAAAUAAGUCUUGAUGAAAUUUCCAAGAAAGAACAAGAUGAAAGUGUUCCAAGAGAGUUGUAUAAUGUGUUACAAGAAGUAAGAAAGGGUAUAGUUUUGUUUCAAAGUCAAGAACAGAAGAAAGAGGCAAUUCAGGUGAUUGAACUUGAUAAGACUUAUCAAGAUUUUGAUGUGUUGAUUCAGAAGGCUACAGAAUUGGUAUCUGGAGGGACCCAAAUGAGAAAAAUGAAUUCUUUUGAGGACCCAAGUUGUGAAAUUGGAAGAAAUGAUCAAAUGACUAUUGUUUCUUCUUCAGGGAUCAAGCACAAAGAGAAGUACAAUUUAAUGAAAGUUGCUGCGUUGAUUGAAAAUGCUGCGAAAACUAGAGCAAGAGUUAUCGAUCUUCACAACAAGUUAAUGGACAAGAUUGAAUGGCUUCCGUUAUCGCUUGGGAAAUUGGUGAAUGUCAGCGAGUUAAACUUUGCCGAUAACCAUAUUAUGGCUCUUCCAACUACCAUCGGUAGCCUAAAAGCCUUAACGAAGCUUGAUCUUUACUCCAACCAAAUCAUAAACCUUCCUGAUUCGUUCGGUGAGCUGCACAGUUUGACUGAUCUCAACCUCCACGCCAACAGGUUGAAAUCGCUGCCAGCUUCUUUCAGGAACUUAGUAAAUCUCAUCGAUCUUGAUUUGGGUUCGAACAGGUUCACUCAUUUGCCUGAUCUCGUUGGGAACUUAACCUCGUUGAAGAGGCUAAACGUGGAAACAAAUCAGAUCGAGGAACUUCCUUACACGAUCGGAUUUUGCUCUUCACUUGUAGAGCUGAGAUUGGAUUUUAAUCAGCUUAAAGCUCUCCCUGAGGCGAUAGGAAUGCUCGAAAACUUGGAGAUUCUUUCGCUGCACAUUAACCGAAUUAAAGGAUUGCCAACGACACUGGGAAAUCUUUCUCGUCUCAAAGAACUCGAUGUUAGCUUCAACGAAGUUGAGAUCAUACCGGAAACAUUCUGUUUCGCUGUCAGCUUAGAAAAGCUUAAUCUUGCUAACAACUUUGCUGACUUGACAACUUUACCAAGAUCAUUUGGGAACCUUGAGAAUCUCGAAGAGCUCGAUAUUAGCAACAGUCAAAUAAGAACGCUGCCCGACUCCUUCAGGUUCUUGUCGAAGUUGAUAACUUUUCGAGCUGAUGAGGUUCCGCUCGAAGUACCACCAAGGCAAAUGAUAAAGCUUGGGGCUCAGGUGAUUGUAGAGUACAUGGCUGAUUUCGUCGCGAAGAAUGAGCUUCAAUCGCAGCGGCCAAAGAAACGGAGAGCUUUCUUGCCUCGGAGUUGCCUAUCUUUUGACACUGAGACGAAGAGGCGGAUCUAAAGAAGGGUCUGUCGAUUCAACUGAAUCCAUUACUUUCGUAUCGAACUAUAUGAAUAUAUAAUAAAAAGCAUAUGAAACUCAUACGUAUAAUAAGAUCUCACUCAUUCUGAACUCGUUGACUCGGUGAGAAGUUUCGUUACUUGUAUGUAUAAUAGGAUACUGUAGUUGUGAUACAGUAUACAUAUGAACAAUGCAAACAUGUAUACACUUUUUUUUUAAGACUUGA